AUGGACUGGGCGAUGAAAUUUCUCCCAAUCAGCUACCGGGAAACACAACGGGAUUCGCUCGUUAUUCCAACCUCAGGGAGGCUUUCCUGCGAUCCCAUAACGCUGGGGUGCUAUCACAAUGCCUUUCUUGCAAGUAUUGGUGAGCGUGUCGGAAUCAGAACCUCCCGCUACGACUUCAGCGACCCCCAAGCCGGCAAAGAUGUUUGUGAUCGCCGUAUAGCCACUCUUAACAGUCAGAUGCGGCGAUUUAUAAACGAGGGAAAUGACAUAAACAACGCCGAAGAUAUGAAGGUUGCAAUUGAAUCGCAUGGUGGUGUCAAGGGCUGUUAUGUCACUGUUACAGAAAUUCAAGAUUUUAUAAUUAUGACGAAACAUAGGAUGACUGGUAUUCAAGCACUGAAAAUUAUUGGACUGAGAGUUUGGAAGGCACACAAUGUGGGCACCGGCAAGUUUUUUUCGCUGGCACGGCUUAAUAAGUAUGGUACUCCACAAGGUCCCACAGGAGUCAAAGAGCUUCAGCCAUUUAUCCGACCAUCUCAAAAUGUCGGCACGUUUCGUGCAGUAGCAACUCAGGCCCAAGAUGUCGGACCAUCAGCGCCAACGGAGGUACAAAUAAGCCAGUCAGAAGAAACAGAGUCAGCAACUCGAUCGGUUGCUUCUUAUUUCUACCCAGAACAAGGCUGUGAAAAAAUCUACCAGGAAUUCAAAAGUCUACAGAAACAUCUUGAUGUUGGUCGCCACUUAAUCAAGUUAGAAAGAGAAUCUGACCAUGACAGCAUUAAGCGAAGUGGGCGGAAACCUGUAAAACUGUUACUAGAGACUAUGUGCGAGGCGAAAUUGGUGUUGCGCCGUCCGCGACAGAAUCGCCUUCAGUAUCAGCUGACAGUCCUUCACUGGAGGAGGGUUGGGCACUGAAGAAAGCGAAGAAGUCUACCCGAUUUUUUGAACGCAUUCGUCUUUUUUGCAGGAUGCAUUCUUCCAAAGAGACCAAACCAGUGUUAAAGCAAAUCCUGCUGAUAUUGCGUUUAAAAUGAAGAGUCUAAGAUCAGCAAAUGGAAAUAAAUUGUUUACAAAGGAGGAAUGGCUUUCAACACUUUAAGUUGCAAGAUGUUUCAGCAGGUUGUCAGCCCUUAAUAAGAGGAGUGUCUUGAGCUAAAUGUAAGUGCUUCCCAAGAGGUGGAAGAAGACCUUGAUUAUGUCAGCGAAAUAGAAGCGAUGGAGACAAGAUUUAUAUAAGAAGGGAACUAGAAGUUUAAUUUAAAAAGUGUAUUUUAUGUAUAAGUGCGAAGGAACCCUUGAAAAGUACUCUUGCUAUGAGGUGAAAAGUAGUGUUUACAAAGUUAAUCAAAACAACACCUGGCGAGCAAGCUGGCAAAACAGUGGAAAGCAAAAACCCUCUACAUGUGAGUACCGCCACUAUUAGCAACCUUCUCUUGCCACAUACCAUAGCAAUGUGAAUUCAGUUGUAACUGGAAUGAAAGGUGGAAAGAAUCUACUUGGUAAAGCAUUAGCAUUUAUGUAGAUAAAAAGACGUAUGAGAGGCCGGCUCUGGUUCUGCAAGAAUUCAAAUAACCAGAAUAUCUAUCAAUCAGUUUAUAGUCUUAACCCUUUGACGCCCAAGUAACCAUUUACGGCCACUU